AUGUCUUCUCGCUACUCCACCCCGGACUACACACUUGACGACAUGCGCUCCGAGCCUCUGAUCGGAUAUGACUAUGUCCAGAAUGGGAUUCGCUACUAUCCCGAUCGCGAUCAAUGGAGUCCCGCUUGGGAGCCAGAACCCUCUCAAGCUUCUCAACCAUCUCCAAAUGACAUGGUUGUGGAUCCACCAGUCAUUGAAGAGGCCAAACCAAUUACCAGAACCGCUAGUGGUUCCAAUGGGAAGGCGCCGAUUGACCCCGUGCUGUCUAACAAUCUUUUUCGAUCGACUAGUACUGGCCCCAUGGAGAAGAUCGUUAUUCCAAAAGGGAUGGAAAUCGUGGAAACCCCAGGCUACUACUACCCCCUCAAGUCGAAAUGGCAUUUCGUUUACGAUCCUCAAGAACGUUAUGACCUCUCCUCAAUCCCCACCGCAGUCCCCAGAAUAAGUAUUUAUAACGACCCUCAUCCAUUCGUUUGUGUCGCGUGGAAUGAGAACGACCCGGAGCUUCCCCCCGGACUCCCGGUCCCUUUCUUAAAGACCACGGCUCCGAUCGACCUCUCUUCGAAUUCUAGUUCUCCGGCUCCGUCUUCGCAAUCUAGCUCAGCGCCUUCAACCUCGUCCGACGCUUCGUCCACUGCUUCAUCUGCCUAUCCCCCAAUCUCGGCUUAUAUCGGUUUGAACCAUCAGGGGGUUCAAAGACUCCUUCUCGACGACCACAACCCGCCAUCCGCCGUGUGUAUCUAUACUGAAGAAGAUGUUAUGCGCAUCUUUGAAGGUAUCGCUCCCGACUACGUUCAUAUGUGCUCGGAGUAUCCGCCAUCGUCUUUAGCCGAAUCCGAUCGUCGAGUGAUGUUCUUUGAGAACAUGCAAUGGCAUUUCAGAAAUAAAAGAUCUACUUAUUUAAGUACCAGAGAGUUUUAG